AUGAGCGAUGCUUCAGGCUUGAGCGAACAGCAACCUGAGCCGACACAGACGUCUCCCGCCCGCAGUAGUCACCGAAGAAACAACAGCGAGUUCGUCGGAGGCAUUGGUACGACUGCUGUGACAAACUCCAGCCCAACAAGAGGCUCUGGUCCAAUGGCAAUACCUGAGCGCAAGCCGCGACACAGAGGACACACUAGAUCUCGAGUCACCUUGUCCAGCAACGAGUUGAAUGCAGCAAUUACUCACUCAGAUGUCCAACCACGCGUCAGCACUAGCUUGCCGUCAACACCACUGGAGCAUCCCAUGUAUGAUACCAACAAUGCGUCAGACGCUCACACGUUCGACGAUGGUGCCACCAGACCACCAUCACGUCCCCGCGUGGAGUUUUCGGACAACGUCGAGUACAUUCCGCGGCCAUUAUCCACUAUUUCGUCCGAGACUGAGAGCUCUCUAUCAACGGUCAGAGGUCAUUCAGUUAACAACAGCAUUUCCUCGGUCUUGAGCUUGAGCAGCCCAAGCCCUCAAUCCUCGCGCCCACGCGCCAUCUCUCUGGAGACCACCAUGGAGGACGAGCCCACGUAUCGUGCCAAAUCCUCAUUGGAAAUCAGCAAGAGGCUUGAACGCGAAGGCCAAUGGCUGAAGGGUGCAUCUUCGCGAGAAAACCUCAAGCGGCCAUUCUCAGAGCCUGUGAACGAGCCGUCCAAAUUGACGUUUGCGCCAAAUCCGCCAUCAGAGAAGCCCCGGCAGGCGCACAAGAAGAAGCAGUCCAUCAGCCACGCCCUGGGCUUCGAUCGGAGACGAAGCGAGCCAGCAAUUGGCAUGCACGCUGUUGAGCCGUCACGCCUGUCUGCAGUGUCGUUGCAAGAGACGUCGCCUUCAGCGCCAGGCUCUGCGAUAGAGCGAGGUUUUCCCGUGGAUCGCCGCUCAUCUUCGCGGAAGUUGAAGGACUGGGCAGUGUCCAAGAUCUCACGAAAGGCCAGAGAGAGCGGCAAACCGGAUGCAGAACAAGAAGUUGCGCGCGAACAGCAAGCACCUGACGAGAGUCCACUGAGUGAGCCUGCUGUUGCUGAGACCGAUCUCGACGCUGUAUUCAAUCUCGAUGCCGAUGAAGUCACUACCAGCAACGACUACAGCAGACGACAAUUUGAAUUCGUGACCCCAAGCAGCAUCCAAUACGAGAGUGAAGAUAGCGCCGACCAUGGUACGGUGCUAGAUCUGGACGCAGCGCUUGGCCCUUUCAAGACACCACCAUUGGGAACCCGGCCGCGGAAAGAGCUUCAUAGCAGCCGUGGUACGCGGGACUUUAUUGGACCUGGCUUGCACUACCAUCCAAAUCCGAUGCACCGACGCACGGAAAGCGCUCCAAUGCUCACUCCAUUUGAGCAGAUGAGGAGCUCGACUCCGCCUAACGACAUCAUGGCCGACGUGUUCGAAGAGGAUGAGGAGCACGAGGAGGACAGUACUCUCGCAGCCAGACCUACUAGUGCUUACUCUACGCAAGACGACGAAGGCAGCAUGGGCGUGAAGAUUGUCGAUUCUGACAUUGGCGCAACCCAAUCAGCUCCAGGCUUGAGUCUCGACGAUGGUCUUCGCAUUCAGCACGAUGAGUGGGAGCUUGAGCGACCAAUGACAUCCUAUGGCAACGUGAGCUCCAGGCUGUCGACACCAAUUCUGGACCGACGAGCGUCUUCUGUCAUCGAAGAUACCAUCUUCGAAGAAGCCAGCCCUGUGGAGCCAGCAAUUGUGGAGGCUCAUGAGGAGCCAAGAGCUCACUCCCUGACCAAGUCUUCCGACAGUAGCGAGACACCGACGAUCUUGGCUACAGACAACGGGAUGCUGGCAUUGCCUGACGGUCAGCCGUCAUUGACAACUCCUGAAAGCUAUCAUUCAUCAGCAUUUUCGUCACCAGAUCUCAGGGGACGACAGAGUUCGUUCGAGACUUCUCGGGUGGGCACUUCAGCAUCUUCGAUUACCGACAAUCGCACCAUGAGCUCGUACACAACUUGCGAGCAAGCGCAAGACAUGCGCAUCUCGGUAGACGAUGUACCAUCUUUGACCAGCAGCCGUUCUACGAUGUUGAGCACCAUGCACGCGAAUUCAUCCCGGCGCGAUGUAAGCGGUUUACGCACGCCCUCGGUGGCUUCGGGCACGCUGGAUUCUGCGACUCUGGCGAACGAGCGGCGUCGGAAGCGGUCCAGCAUCCAGAGUCUUUCACAGCUCAUGGGGAACUCGUUUGGACCCCGACCUAAUGGAAUGGACGAUUCUCGGCCGCAGACAGCUUCUGAUUCACUCAUGGCUCCGAACACUGCACCCAAGAAGAAAGAACACCGACUGAAGAAGUUGAUGGGCGCACUCUGGAAGACCAAGCACCGACAGGCGAGCACAUCCACGGUCUCGUGA